AUGGCAAACCAAGCGCAGUGCUUUUAUUGCUUUGAAAGCCUUUAUGCCUCGUUUGAGGAUCGCGAGCCCGCCAGUUUGGCAGCUAUAGAAGCGCUCUGGGAACAGCAUGAGCAGUCUAAGAAACUAUCCAAGCUCGCGGACGAGGACGACGAGCAGUCUGUAAAUGACGACGAGGACGCCAAACAGAGUAGUCGGCCCAAGGGCCUGCAAAUACCUCGCAUCAACCGGUUGCAGUGCCAGGCGUCCGACUCGUCCAGCACGGCCACAACGCCAUCAAGCACCUCUAACACCUCAUUUGACUCGAAUUUGUCAAACUCUACAGCUAUGACGACCCCUAGUGUACUCUCCGAGCUUUCCAAGUCUUCAGAGCAACGAUACCCGUUGUUCGUGACGUGGAAUACGCUAUCUCGAAGCGGGUCCAAGUCUCUUCGCGGGUGCAUAGGCACGUUCGAAGCGAAGGACCUCGCAACAGGGCUCAAGUCAUAUGCUCUUACCUCGUACGUGAACCUUUUACCUUCCAAGGGCCUAUGUCAUGACCAAAACAACUUCGAGGCCAAGAUCAUCUUGCUAACACCUUGCAAAUACAGGGCAUUUGAUGAUUCCCGCUUCUCGCCCAUCCCCAAAUCUCUUAUUCCUUCACUUCAAUGUGCUCUAACCCUUCUGGGCUCCUUCGAACCCUGCACCGAUGCCAUGGACUGGACUCUUGGCACACAUGGCGUUCGCAUCUCCUUCGUACACCGCGGCCGGCGCUACGGCGCCACAUACCUUCCGGAUGUGGCCACGGAACAAGGGUGGACGAAAGAAGAGACGAUUGAGAGUUUAAUGCGGAAAGCCGGCUGGGAUGGCGGUGCUGGAAGUGCUGCUCGAAAACUCCUUCGAGGAGCAUCGAGUACUCCCUUUGGAAUGAAGCCGUGGGAACAGGUCUCAGAUUUCAAGACGGUUCGGUAUCAGGGUCUCAAGGCCAAGGCUAGUUAUGAGGACUGGCAGGAGUGGCGGAACUGGGUGCUUUCUCUAGACGAUGGAAGGGAGAUUUUGGGUUUGGCCUAA